AUCUUAAGUUUCUCUAGAUAAUUCAAGAUGACCCAUGGGACCAUAUGGCAUUUUUAACAACCAGCCAUUAGGGACUAUAGAAAAACUGGUUGGGAUAGCUGUUGCUAUACUAUUUGAGCUAAGUCUGACAACCAAUCCUACAAGUAAAAGAGAAUGUAGGGAGAUCACGUCUGCUUCAGAGGUCACAGUCAGAGCCCACGUGCUGAGUUCCCAUGAACAUUUCAGACGAUCUCUGAAUGCAAGGUGGAUCAGUCAUCAGACUGUACUGUUUCAGGCACUGACAAAGCUAAACCUUUGGAGGCAUCAUGCCUCCUGCGGCAACCACCAACCUGGAAUACACCCCUCCAGAUGGAGGCUGGGGCUGGGCUGUAGUCUUAGUGAGAUAGCAUGGGUGUCCUCAAUUAUGCUCGCUGCUAUGUACGCUGGAGGUCCUGUGAGCAGUAUACUGGUGAACCGCUAUGGCAGCAGACCUGUGGUCAUGGUUGGUGGCCUUAUGGUCGGGAUUGCAAUGAUAGCUGCUUCCUUUGGCCAUUCUAUAAUGCAUCUGUAUUUGUGUGUUGGAGUAAUCGGAGGAUUUGGCCUUGCUUUCAACCUACAGCCCUCCCUUACUAUCAUAGGAAAGUACUUCUUGAUUAAAAGGCCAAUGGCAAAUGGCCUAGCCAUGGCAGGUAGCCCAGUUUUCCUCUCCACUCUGGCUCCACUCAACCAGUUCCUGUUUGACAGUUUUGGCUGGAGGGGAAGUUUCCUCAUUCUUGGAGCCAUUGUCCUUAACUGUUGUGUCGCUGGUGCUCUGAUGAGACCAGUCAACGCAAAGAAACAACAAAGUACAACAACCUCAGCUAUCUCUAAUGGAGCAUCACCUGAGAAGAGUUCUGAAGACAACCCCAACACGCCAUCCACUAGCCUUCUUGGUGAACAAGGAGAGCCACAGAAGAGUGCCUGUGCUGAUCAAAUGAGCUCAUUUAUAGAUCUCUCUCUCUUCAAACACAGAGGUUUCCUCAUCUACCUAGUGGGUAAUGUGUUCAUGUUUUUUGGCUUCUUUGCGCCAGUGGUUUUCCUGGCCCCAUAUGCCAAACACAGAGGGAUUGAUGAGUACUCAGCAGCCUUACUGCUCUCCAUUUUUGCCCUAGUAGACAUGUUUGCAAGGCCAGGUACUGGUCUGAUAGCCAAUACCAAGUGGAUUAGGCCCAGGAUCCAGUACUUUUUCAGCUUUGCUGUAGCGUACAAUGGUUUGUGCCACCUUAUGUGUCCUCUGUUACCUGGCUACACUGGUCUGGUUGUCUAUGCUGUCUUCUUUGGUGUGGCAUUUGGCAUGGUGUGUGCCUUGCUGUUUGAGGUGCUGAUGGAUCUAGUUGGAGCACAGAGAUUCUCCAGUGCAGUAGGACUUGUCACCAUUAUUGAGUGUGGCCCUGUUCUUCUUGGCCCUCCAAUCGCAGGAGCACUGGUGGACAUCUUCAUGGACUACAAAUACAUGUACUAUGCAUGUGGUGUCAUGAUGCUCCUGCCAGGUAUUUUCCUUUUCAUCAUGAACUACUUCAACUACCAACGCCUGGACCAGGAGGAGAAGCUGAGGCAGAGCCAGGCUGUGGACAUGGGGGCUCCAAAGAUGUCUGUUGUGGAGGAGGGAGAAGGGGAAAGUCAAAUGAGCCAAGAAGUCUGAAUGGCUUGUGUGGAGUGCUGAAUUUCCUGGGACUAAACACUGUACAGGUUAAUACAUUUUUGUCUGUCUGGGAAGAAUUUAACAUAUUGCUCAAUAGCAAAGGUUUGGCUAUAUUAUCAAAAUAUCUCCUAAAGCUGUACAGGAUGUGUGUUUUUGAAAAAUGUUGUCAGUUUUUUUGUAUACUGAUGUGUUAAUACAUUUGAGAUACUACUUUUCACAUGUCAAAAAGAAUGAAACGAUAAAAUGUGAUCAUCCAUGAAAUGAAACCAGAUCAUUUGAUAGUACAAGCAGGUUGUUGUAUAAAGGCAAACAAAUGUAUUGUAUAUUUAUUACCAAUAGGUGGUGCUAGAGAUUGAUCCUCCAACGAUAACUAGAAACACUUCUUUGCAUCUCUACAGACAUAUAAAACAACCUCACUGUGUGUAAAAGACUCCCAUAAGGUAGGCUUCCGUAGCCUGCAGGCACCAAGUGUUGAGUGAUGUGAUGAUAAUAUUGUGCCUGGACCCAUAAAACUGCAAUAAGAGAAACAAAUUAACGUGUUAUUCAGA